GUAUUACCUGUGGAGUCUGGAAUACCUGAAGUGAUGAAUGUUCCUCCUCCAGUAUUACCUGUGGAGUCUGGAAUACCUGAAGUGAUGAAUGUUCCUCCUCCAAUACUUUCUGUGUCUUCUAUCUCUCCGUUCUCUCUCUAUGUAGUGUACGAGGCAGGAAAGGGGUUGAGGAGCAGGGCUUCGUCCCCCCAGAUCGCUGUCUAUCCACCCUACUACGUACCUGGGGUCCCGGCCAUGGUCCCCAUCGCUCCCCCCUCCCUGGUGGACACCACGGUGAUGUCCGCUCCCCCCUCUGUGUCAGAGAACAGUGCAGCUGGAGUGCGGCCUGUGUACCGGCUGCAGUCUACUCUGGAUCAGUCCUCUCUGGGUCGGGACUCUCUGAAGGUGUUGCAGCAUGUAGAGAAACAGCUGGCUCUUUUCCACCCGGCCAAGUCCCAGAGCCACGACUGUAAGCCCGACAGACAGACAGACUCAAUACACCCUAUACUCUACUCUGUCUGAAAUCAACUUCUGCAUGUAUCAUGGCUGUAAGCCCUACAGACAGACAGAUAGUUACCCUGCCCUGUGUAGACUCAGCAGGAUUUAUAAUCUACUACACUCAUCCUCUGUGAAAUCAAAUCCACUCUGAAAUCAACCUGACUCAUGGCUGUUAGCCCUACAGACAGACAGAUAGUUACCCUGCCCUGUGUAGACUCAGCAGGAUUUAUAAUCUACUACACUCAUCCUCUGUGAAAUCAAAUCCACUCUGAAAUCAACCUGACUCAUGGCUGUUAGCCCUACAGACAGACAACCCCUGUGUUGGACAGAGUCAACAUGCUUUUUAUACUCUAGCUAUAAUCUGCAUGAAAUCCAUUCUGAAAUAACCUCUGCCUACACACUACUCUCUGAAAUCCAUUCUGAAAUAACCUCUGCCUACACACUACUCUCUGAAAUCCAUUCUGAAAUAACCUCUGCCUACACACUACUCUCUGAAAUCCAUUCUGAAAUAACCUCUGCCUACACACUACUCUCUGAAAUCCAUUCUGAAAUAACCUCUGCCUACACACUACUCUCUGAAAUCCAUUCUGAAAUAACCUCUGCCUACACACUACUCUCUGAAAUCCAUUCUGAAAUAACCUCUGCCUACACACUACUCUCUGAAAUCCAUUCUGAAAUAACCUCUGCCCACACACUACUCUCUGAAAUCCUAGCUUCAACAGUGCUCCUCUUCUCUCUUCUCCUGCAACUGCACAAGCAUUUCGCUACACCCGCAAUAACAUCUGCUAAAUAUGUGACCAAUAAAAUGUGUUUGAUUUGAAAUCAUAAAGACAACACACCU